GUUCAGGAAUUUAUCGCCAAACAAUAAUUAAUGAAAUGAGUGAAUCCAAUUCUUUGCUUAAUGGGUCUACUGACCUUCAAGAUUUAUUAAUGUGCGAGUCCUAUAUUGAUGACAUCAUGGCCACGAUUAAUAACCUUUCUACUGCUCAAUCGUCUACCGAAACUUUACCUGAAUUUGAAGCUCAAAUUCAAUCGAUGUUCACCAAUAAUAACACAAAAGAUUCUUCAUCUUCUCAAUUGAACGAUUUGUCAUUGAAUGAUUUUCAAUAUCCAGUUCCUUCUUCAGACAUGCUUUCCUUGGGUUCUCCAAAAUCUUUUCUAUAUUUACCAGAUUCCACCUCUUUUGAUAAUAUAUGUCCCGAGUCAAUGCAAUAUUCGCUAACUUCUAACAACAACUCUGCAGAAGAUACUUGUUCUCAAGAAACUUUUCUAUUCUCUUCAAAUUCUGCUAACCUUGAUAAUAUCAGUCCUUCGAAUCCUUUAUAUUAUUCACCAAAUUCUAGCGAAAUCUCUGGAGAAGACUUUAGUUCUCCAGAUACUCUUUCUCCAUUACAUUAUAAUCUCUUUCAAGAUUUAAAUGUUUCUCCAACUAACACUGCACUGACUGAAUUUGGUAGUCACUCUUCUCCAACGGAAAAUGCAUUUGACACCCUAUUAUCUUCAGGUUUCAAUCUUGAUCUUGUAGACAUCCAACCAGGAUAUAACAGAAAACGCGUUUCCAUUGGAUAUGAUUCGGUUUCUUCCGACGAAUCUUCAAAAAAGAAACGUAAAAGUGCAAACGGAACUGUUAAAUCCGUAAAAAAAACAAAUACUUACCUCAAAUCUAUAAAAAAAAUCGGUUCUAACAAACAUGGGACAAAUUCUGAUACCAAUACCACAUUUGAUGAAGAUUCUUCACCAUCCAAAUCUCCCGUAAUUGAUGUAGAUACUAUUAAGGCGAUAUUGGCCUCUUUGUAUGACACCACGAAUCGAACCAUCGAACCUUUUGGCCCCAAUCUUGUCCAAGACAAGCAAGACGAACAUUCUGACGAAGAGGAUGCAGCAUGUGAUAAAAGCACACCUUCCAAUACCAAGUCUUCUCAACCACAAAAAAACUCAAAACCGCAAACAAACAAGCAGCAAAAAAAACUUGCUCACAAUGUGAUUGAGCGUCGUUAUCGAAAUAACAUUAAUGACCGAAUCAAUGACCUAAAAAAUGUAGUUCCCGCACUUUGCCAUUUGAAAAGCAAAGAUGAUGAUGUAAUCGAAGAAGUAGAUGGUAUUCCGGCUGCUACGAAAACAAAUAAAGCUACUAUUUUAAGAAAAGCAACCGAAUAUAUUGUGUACCUAAAAAAGAAUAACGACAUGUUUAAAGACGAAAAUGAUGUUUUAAAAAAGAUUAUUCUAAAUAUUCCUGGUGGUGUCGAUUUAUUGGAAGCUUAUCUUACAAGUCUUAGUGAAAUGAAAACUCCGCCGGAUACUCCUCCUUCUGAGAUUAAUGUUCCAUAUAAACAUAAAUCAUCUACUGGAAAUUCUGGUUCAAGAGCAUUGAUGGCUUUGUUCAUGUGCAUCACUUUCCUUACGGAUCCAUCAAAACAUGCCCAACCAGUUCGGUAUCAUCACAAUGAAGGGCAUGUUAUUGUUAGUAACACUACUGAAUCAGUAGUUCCAGAUGGAAUUAAUAAUUCACAAGGUGGUGUGAUUGAUAUCUGGUAUUUGGCUAGAAUCUUUACUUUCCUUAUAUGUUUUACUUAUGUCAUCUGGCCUUCCCUGUUUUCAAUCCAAGCACAAUUCUCCCGUAAAUCUGCUAUAAAAUCUGCUUUAUCGUCCAAGGUUAAGGAUGCAACAGAACUUUAUUCGUCUCUUUCGCUUCUAUCGAAUAGUUCGUCAAUGAAUACUUUGGGAUUUAUAGUUG